AAGGGUUAAACGUCUACAGGAAGUUUAUCCCGGGCGUGUAUAAAGACGCUUCCUGUGCUGCUCUUGAAAGAAACAUAUUUGAAACAUUCAUGGCUUGAUGUUAUAUAAAGAUACUCAAAGCAACUACACAUUAACCCAAGAUGAACUACGUACCGGGGACGGCGAGCCUCAUUGACGACAUUGACAAGAAGCACUUGGUCUUGCUCCGAGAUGGCAGAACAUUGAUCGGUUUCCUCAGAAGCAUUGAUCAGUUUGCCAAUUUAGUUUUUCACCAGACAGUGGAGCGCAUCCACGUGGGAAAGAAAUUUGGAGACAUCCCCAGAGGAAUAUUCAUUGUGAGAGGAGAAAAUGUGGUCCUGCUUGGAGAAAUAGAUGUGGAUAAGCCUUGCGACACUGUCCUGCAGCAGGUCUCCAUCGAAGAGAUUCUGGAGGAACAACGGCUGCAGCAGCAAGCCAAACAGGAGACGGAGAAAGUCAAAAUGCAGGUCCUGAAAGACAGAGGCCUUUCCAUACCCAAAGCUGAUAACUUAGAUGAAUACUAACACCACCUUGAUUCCAUUACUGAUUUGCUAUUGGACUGAAAGUUUUUUUUUUAAUGUUAAUCACGAGAGAGCAUGAUCAUAUGUUUUUUUUUUUUGUUUUUUUUUUGGUACAAGGCAACAUGGAGCCUUUAUACUGUAUCAGUUUAAUUUCAGCUAUUUGGAGAAAAAAUGUGUCUGUGCUCUCAGGUUUACAGAUCAUGUUGGGAAAAAAUGAAACCUAUGUGUCGACGAUCACUAUGUUGUCAACUUAGCAUUUAUGUUACAGCAGCACUUUGGAUUCUCUGGACUCUGGAAUAUAUCGAGUCUUUAUAAUUUGGAGACAUGUAGGCCUGUUCUUGACAAAAAUGACUGGCUAUUCUCCAUUAAAUGUUUAGUUUUUCAUUAAGAAAGGCCUGCCUUUAUAAAUUUGUCAUGUCUGAUCUGUUUUGUUUAUAGUUGUACCACUGAAUUAAUGCAUUGCAAAUAUGUUAAAAGCUUAAAUAUUUGGGUAGAUGUUGGUCUAGAGAAGAGUGUUUUCCACAGUGAAACAUGCAGGCAAUGUUAUAUUGAAGGUAAGCUCUUCAUUUGUUAUCAAAUCUAAAAGGGCCUAAUUCAUUUUGUGCAUAUGACAUAUCGGUGCAUCAGGCAAACUAAUAUCCUGUUUAUGAAGAUAAAGCACAACCAGAUAAUAGAUCCUAAAUGCCUUCAUCAGUAAAUAACCUUGUUAAUCACUGGAACAGAGACAGGAGGUAAAGUAAACAGCCCAUCAGAGACAGAUUGAGAAAGCUUUGAAGCAGCCUUUACGUCGCCUGCAGCAGUGUGCAGGACUUACUGCCUAGCAUGAAUUCUGAGCAAAUGACCAUUAAAGAAAACAGCCUGAAAUGGAAAGCACUCAGAGAACAAACCUCUGUCAAUGCAGAUACAUUUCCUACAACAAUCACGUUGGCCUAAAAGAGACAAGAUAAUUCAUUAUUUUGCAUUCUGGAGGAUAUCGAUCAAAAGAUACUUAAUUUAAAAUAUAAAAGAAGUUUGUGCACAAAAUAAUCUAAUCGGAUGCUGUGACUUUCAACCUUUCAUGGCCAAACUUUUUGCGCCACUAGAUCUUAACAGUAUACAUGCAUGUGGUAAAUUGCAACUGAGAAAAAUCUGCUGAAUUUUGACAGAUAUGAUAUUGACAAAUCUGACCCUGAAUAGUCUGUAGUCACUAUCAUCAGGACCUCACAAAAAGGAGGAAGAUUUAGCCAAAAUAAUGGACAACAGACAUGAACGGAUGCAAAAACAUAACCAAAAUGGACCUGAUGCAUGUCAGAAACUUUAUGAUCUAUUCUUAAAAUAUCUCUAAGCUGCAUUUAGUCAUGGUUUAUUAUUUGAAAUCAUCAUAGAAAGUAAAGGAUUUGUGUGAUUCUACAAAUGCAACAGUCAUUCUUACUAUGUGAUGAGAUUAUUAUUUCUAAUCAUUUGGAAAAUCCCUUUCUUCAUUUAUCUAUGAGUAGCACCAUAGACAACUAUUUAUUGCACUGAAAAACUCACCUACUCACACAUGCAAAUAGGAAUUUUUAAGUUCAAUUAUGGGAUUGCCAAGCUUACUGACCUACUACUAGAAAAUAUCCAUAAAAAUGCGUAGGUGUCUUUUUUAUUAUAAUAAAAUCCUCACAAACAUAACAAACUAGAAAGAAUAUACAGUAUUUUGCUGCUUCCAUGAAACUGUGGUAUCAUGUAGGAUUUGCACCACAAGGGGGCGACUCUAAUGUUCCUAACUGAUAUUCUUGUUGGAAGUAUUCGUUAAUUUUAACCUUAGUUCUAUUCUCACAAAGGGGAAAAGCUUUAAUCAGGGGAAGGCAAAGACUGAUGACUUUACAGCAAGGAUGCAAGCAGAUAUCCAUAUUUUUAGUGUAAAAAAA